AUGAGAGAUCCAGAGCCCUGCAGAAUCAAACACACUGAAGAUACUGAGGAACUAACAGAGCUGAUGAAAGAGAGCGAGGAGAGAGAAGAACUGAGUGAAGUGGAGGAGGAGCAUCAUGACAAACCUGGAGAAAAACCUUUGAGUCGCUCGAAGACUAAAAAGACAUUUUUAAAGAAAAGAAAAGCCAAGAAAUCUAUCACCUGCACUCAGUGUGGGAAGAGUUUCACAUACAAGCAAAGUCUUGAGCGUCACAUGAGAGUUCACACCGGAGAGAAACCGUUCACAUGUGAACAGUGCGGGAAGAGUUUCUCACAAUCAGCACAUUUUAAAGUACACAUGAAAAUCCACACUGGAGAAAAGCCUUUUACAUGUAAACAGUGCGGGAAGAGUUUCUCACAAUCAGCACAUCUUAAAGUACACAUGAAAAUCCACACUGGAGAAAAGCCAUUUACAUGUGAUCAGUGCGGGAAGAGUUUCACAUACAAACAAAGUCUUGAGCAUCACACAAGAGUUCACACCGGAGAGAAGCCACACACGUGUGACCAAUGUGGAAAGAGCUUCACGCAACCAGCACAUCUUAGAGAACACAUGAGGAUCCACACUGGAGAGAAGCCACACACAUGUGAUCAGUGCGGGAAGAGUUUCACAUACAAACAUAAUCUUAAUGAUCACAUGAGGACCCACACCGGAGAGAAGCCGUUCAUGUGCGGUCAGUGUGAAAAGAGAUUCUCAAACCAAGCUAGUCUUGAGGGUCACAUGAGUGUUCACACUGGAGUGAAGCCGUUCACGUGUGGCCAAUGUGGAAAGAGCUUCACGCAAUCAGCAAACCUUAAACGACACAUGAGAGAUCACACCGGAGAGAAGCCGCACACAUGUAAUCAGUGUGGGAAGAGUUUCACACAAUCAGCAAACCGUAAACGACACAUGAGAGUUCACACCGGAGAGAAGCCGCGCACGUGUAAUCAGUGUGGGAAGAGUUUCACACAAUCAGCAAAACUUAAAGAACACAUGAGGAUCCACACUGGAGAAAAGCCGUUCAAGUGUGAUCAGUGCAGCAAAACAUUUCUUUGGUCAUCAGCUCUGAAGGCACACCUGACGGUUCAUACGCAGGAGAAGCCACAUUCCUGUUCUGAAUGUGGAAAGUGUUUUUCACUGCUGCGGAGAUUACAUAGACAUGAGAAAAUUCACACUGGUGUGAGAGAGUACAUGUGCUUUGAGUGUGACAAGACUUUUAUUACAGCGGACUGUUUAACACGGCAUCAGAAGAUUCACACUGGUGUGAGAGAGUACAUGUGCUUUGAGUGUGACAAGACUUUUACUUCAGCAAACCGUUUAAAACAGCACCAGAGGAUCCACACUGGAGAGAAACCUCACAAGUGUUCACACUGUGACAAGACAUUCAGUCGGUCAGGAGAUCUGAAAUCACAUGAGAGGAUCCACAGCAGAGAGAAACCGCACACGUGUGAUCAGUGCGGGAAGAGUUUCGCUUUUAAAAGUCACCUGAAGCUACACACGAGGAUGCAUUCAGUGGAGAAACCACACAGCGAUGUUCACAAGUCUUUAUCGCUGGAGUCCGAGUCAAGUCUCGAGUGA